UAUAUAGAUAUAUUAUUCAUGCCUUGUGUCAGAGCAAUUGGAGAAGCGGCUUUGCUGUGGCCUAGAUGAUACACAUACAUGUAUUUAUAUAUAUAUUUAAAACAGUGGACACUUGACAGGAAGAGAGUGGACCCUAUUUUUUAAGAACACAAGAAACAAAAAAAAAAGGAAGAAGGCGAAUGACAUUAAAGCAAAGCACUUGAAAGCAACAACAACAAAAAAAAAAAAAAAAAAAGAAAGGCUGAAGUGGGUUGAAGCAUGGGCUGUGCUUCAAGUAUUCAUAUCUCUGAUAGGGUGGUCUACCACAGUGGAAAAGAGUCCGAGGAUUCCCACUCACCCCAGCAGACUAAUACCACUCAGCAUCAAGGAAAUCCUGCCUCGGGACUACCCCUAAAACCCCCGAGCUCCAAGACCACAUUAACAGAGGUGCAAUUUGGACCAAUGAAGUUAUUUAAAGACCCACUUCAGGUACUUUUAGUUUUUGCCAAAGAGGACAGUCAGAGUAAUGGCUUCUGCUGGGCAUGUGAGAAGGCCACCUUCAGGUGCAGCAUGGCACGAACACCGGAGUCGGCUCUUGAAUGCUUCUUGGAGAAGCAUCACGACCUCGUCAUCAUUGACCACAGACAUUCCAGACACUUUGAUGCUGAAGCACUAUGCCGGUCAAUUAGGGCGGUCAACUCUUCAGAAAACACUGUGAUAGUCGCCGUUGUGAAAAGGCCAGACAGAGAGGAAGCCUCUGUGAUGCCCCUGAUCAAUGCUGGCUUUAAUAGGAGAUAUGUGGAGAAUGCCAACAUGAUGGCCUGCUAUAAUGAGCUGCUACAGUUGGAGCAUGGAGAGGUGCGGGCGCAGUUCAAACUCAGGGCUGGAAAUGCUAUUUUCACAGCUCUAGAACAAAGCCAAGAGGCCAUAGAGAUCACAUCUGAAGAUCAAGUAAUUCAGUACGUGAAUCCUGCCUACGAGUCCAUCAUGGGCUACCAACAAGGCGAGCUAAUAGGGAAGGAAAUAAUAGAAGUGCCUAAAAGUGAGAAGAAUAAGCCUGAUCUCCUUGAAACAAUAAAUUCCUGCAUACGGAAAGGAAAGGAGUGGCAGGGGAUUUAUUAUGCCAAAAAGAAGAACGGAGACAGCAUUCAGCAAAAUGUGAAGAUCACACCUGUAAUAGGACAGGGAGGAAAAAUCAGACACUAUGUGUCUAUCAACUGGCCUUUAAAUGAUAAUAAUAAGAGCGAUAAAACCAGUGAACGAGUGCAGGCAGAGUCUCAGACAGACAUCCAAUCCAGUAAGCACAAAGACCGGAGGAAAGGCUCUCUGGACGUCAGAUCCACGACGUCUCGAGGGAGCGAUGGGAGUUCACAGCGAAGACACUCCUCAAUGGCCAGAAUCCACUCCAUGACUAUAGAAGCCCCCAUCACCAAGGUAAUCAACAUCAUCAAUGCAGCGCAGGAAAGCAGUCCUAUGCCUGUGGCGGAGGCCUUGGAUCGGGUACUGGAGAUCCUGAGGACCACUGAGCUCUACUCCCCACAGUUAGGCACCAAGGAUGAAGACCCCCACACCAAUGACCUCGUGGGGGGGCUGAUGACGGAUGGUUUACGCAGACUGUCAGGAAACGAAUACAUCUUUUCCACAAAACAGCCUCAUCACAUCCCCAGUCACCUGAUCACUCCUCUGUCGUUAAACGACAUCCCUCCUCGUAUCGCCCAGACCAUGGAGAACGAGGACUCUUGGGACUUUGACAUCGUCAACUUGGAGGCUGCAACCUUGAAACGGCCUUUGACCUAUUUGGGCCUGAAGAUUUUCUCCCGCUUUGGUGUCUGCGAGUUCCUGAACUGCCCCGAGGCCACGCUGCGCUCCUGGCUACAAGUGAUCGAAGCUAACUACCACUCCACCAACUCCUACCACAACUCUUCUCAUGCAGCUGACGUCCUGCACGCAACGGCAUACUUCCUCUGCAAGGAGAGGGUCAAGCAAAGUUUGGAUCCCAUCGACGAGGUAGCUGCCCUGAUUGCCGCUACCGUGCACGACGUGGACCACCCGGGCCGCACCAACAGCUUCCUGUGCAACGCAGGAAGCGAGCUGGCCAUCCUCUACAACGACACAGCUGUGCUCGAGAGCCACCAUGCAGCGCUGGCCUUCCAGAUCACCACACGAGACGACAAGUGCAACAUCUUCAAAAACAUUGAGAGGAACGAGUAUCGAACAUUACGACAGGCUAUCAUUGAUAUGGUGCUCGCCACUGAGAUGACCAAACACUUUGAACACGUCAACAAAUUUGUCAACAGCAUCAACAAGCCACUGGCUGCUCUCGAGGAGAACGGGGGAAACAGCGAUGAGGAAAAUGUCAAAAGCAUCCUGACGUCCCCCGAGAAUCGCAUCCUCGUCAAGCGGAUGCUGAUUAAGUGUGCAGACAUCUCCAAUCCGUGCAGGCCUCAGGAGCUCUGUAUAGAAUGGGCCGGACGCAUCUCAGAGGAGUAUUUUGCACAGACGGACGAGGAGAAGAGACAAGGUCUACCAGUGGUCAUGCCUGUGUUCGACAGAAACACGUGUAGCAUCCCAAAGUCCCAGAUUUCCUUCAUAGACUACUUCAUUACGGACAUGUUUGAUGCAUGGGAUGCGUUUGCAGACCUCCCUAAUCUUAUGCAGCACUUGGACAACAAUUUCAAGUACUGGAAAGGCCUGGACGAGAGGAAGCUGCACAGCCUGCGACCGCCUCCAGAGUAGGCGCUGCAGUGUCCAGCCCCGGGACUCUGCGGUCUGGGGCGGCCCUCCUCUCUCGUGCUGGGGCGUCUCUCUCCCUGCCAGCCAAAGGACCUCCUCGCCUUCACUCUCCUGCCUCUGUAGCACGCCGAGCGUCCACAUGUCCGUCCAUACAGAAACCACAGAAGGACUUCUUGACGGGCAGCUGCAGGCCUGUCAGAUGAGAACUGUGACAAACAGACACACGGUAUCCUUAUGAACUUCUCGUGCCUCUCAGGCAUUUGCAGUGUAGCUGGUCAUGUGACACGACUGAGAGAGGGUCCUUACAGGCCUCCUGGCAAAGCAUCCGUCCCUUAAUUACCAUGGUGGCUCUCCUGUCUGCCUGUGAAGUCGCUGUUUGACUAGAAGAAAAAAAAAACUGCUUGUUUACUGAAGGAGCGAGCAACAAGUGUGGUCUGGAUAUGAAGGAUAUGACCUUUGACCUCCAUCCCUGCGCCUGCAGCAAAGGCAGGACUGCUCCCGCUGCCCCUAGAGGCCACACCAUGAAAGAACACUCCACUGCUUUUUUUUGUUGUUGUUGUUUUGUUUUUUUGGCAAUAUAUUCACGUGUCCUUCAGAAACACAUCCGAGUUGACACGUCGCUGUCCUGACAGACACGUGGGAGGGGGAUGCUUUCUUUUUUUUCUUUUUUUUUUGUCGGGGGGGGGAACAGGGAGUGGAUCUUUACUUUAGGCCACUGCUGAGAGACAAACACCUCAACAUCAUGAUCAUAGGUAACUAAUUACAGAUGAUUUGAUAUGUUAAUUUUUCUUUAGAUGUUCCAUAUUUUCUAUAUUCAACAAAAAAAAUAAAGAAAAUUCAUAAAUGAAUUAGUCGAUAAAUGAGAACAAAAUGAAUUUCAAGAUAAGAGAGCGAGAAAAAGCCAAAGCUGAUGAAGACAAAUACUACUAUAACUCUCGAUUAAAAAUUCACAAUUAUUAUUCAUAUGAAGCAUUACCAUAUUAAACAUUUUUAUUUUCUUAUCAAAAAAGUACAGUACCAGUUUGAAUGAACACUUUUGUAUUGCACUGUAAACAAUAUUAGAAAAUGUCUACGUCUCAGUGAUUUGUCCAGGGAUGGGAUGUUGCAUUGUAGAAUAAGCUGUUAUUGUCGAUCAUCAGGAGUUUGUGCGUGUGUGCGUGCAAGUGUGUGUGUGUGUGUGUGUGUGGGUGUGUGUUGGGUUUGCAGGUGUGGGCGCGCGGGUGUGUAUUCAUUGUUGCAACAAUCCCUUACUCUUGGUGUAAUGCUGUAAACCGCUCGACAUUUGACAAACAGCAGAAAUAUGUGAAAAAAAAAACAAAAAAAAAAACAUUUUGGACUUGAAAAUUUUUUCUCCCAGAAAUUUUUUGUAUCUGGUUUAUCCUACUGAAAAAGACUGCCUUAUUUUAUACAAUAUUUAUACAGUACAUCCCACUGUGCAACUGCAACGGACAUCUGGAGUUUUUAUUAUAACAUAGUCAGAAGGUUAUGUUCAAGUAAAUCUCAAUAUUUUUAUAGACAAUGAAUUUUACACUGGAUUUGCAGCAAAUGAGAUCAACCGUUAUAGCUAUCUGGAUACCUGUGAAUGGGACGGUCACGCAGAGCACGUAUACAGAGAACUAAAUGGUUACGAAGGAUGUGGAUCGCAGAGUUGUCUAUCACUGUCUUUAAGCAGUCUCCUAGAGGCCGGCUUGCAUUGAUUAUUGAUCAAACAUCAUUCUAUUUUGGCCACUUGUCCAACAUCCUUAUGCACAGACCCAGGGAACAGCUUUCUGUUUCGAGGCUGGUUUCAGAUUAGGAUACUAAUAUAUGUUAAAGAUUGUUGCUUAUUAAGAAAUAUUUCCUCUUUAAACAGUAUAUAAAAUGCCAUAACAGCUGAGCAAAUGAUGGUUAAUAAGACGUUAUUGACCUCGAUUAUCUUUGUUUCUCUCUUAUGACAGAAUUGUACACUCAAUCAGGGGGAUUUGUUUGUUCCUUCUGAUUCACAUCUUGGUCUGAAGGCACGGAAAAAGAAAUUAGAAACUAUUCAAUGAAAAAUAAAAUAAUGUCAAUGAUUU